AUGGAAUCUGACAUCCGCGUCGAGGACUACCUCGACGACAAACUGCAAUCGACGACCGACUUUGAGCACCUGGACACGUUGCUCAACGGCGUCGAGUACCAGCACAGUCAGCUCCAGUCGCAACUCGAUGAUGCCACGCGCGAGCUCGACGAGGCACGCAGGUCGGCCGAAGACCGCCAAGCUGCGCUCGCGGCCAAGAUCCAUGAGUUUCAGACGCUGCAGAAGAGCAUUGACGUCCGCCUCCAGAUCAUAGCCGAAUCGGAUGCGCCCGACGAAGCCAUUCGCCGACUCGAGCGUCCCAUGAAGCAGCUGCACAAGGUCGACCUCGCGUACCGCUACCUACAGCUGCUCCAGGACGUGGAAAGUCUUCGCCAAGAAGCCCGUUCUCAUCUGCCCGGGGACCCCAAAGCCGCGCUGGAGCCCUACACAAGGUUGAAGCAGCUGUCGCUGCGGCUCAAGGAGCUCCAAGCUCACGCUGACGGGGCUGCGGUGCAUCUGGUCACGUAUGUUGAGUCGGCAACGGAGAAAUUGUGGGAGGAGAUGAAGAGGACCAUGUGGGACGAGCUAGAGGCGGUGCUGAAGCAGCGGGGGUGGCCAAACGUCGAUCCGGACUCCGAGGUGGACGAGGAGUGGCUCCAAUGCUUUGAGAAGCUGGUCGAUCUGCAGGUACCAGAGGUUCUCUACCACAACAGCCUCGUCACUCUUCUUCCAGUCGACGUCAUGGCGCAAAUAUUCAUCAAAGAAUUCCGGUUCCACUUUCUCAGCGACAAGCCGACGAGCAGUCCGCAGGUCAUUGGUGCCCACUGUUUGCCGUGGUUUUUGUCGCUGGUUGAGAAAUGGGAGGAUUUCUUGAGGGAUAACUUUGGGCCCAUUCUUGCUGCCAAGUUUGGCGACACGGCCGUCUCCCACAAGACGGUUUACAUGGACCCUGUCUGCGCCUUUAUCGCCUCGCUGCUGCCUGUCAUGAGGGAAAAGGUUGCUGCAGUACUUGCCGAGACGGAUGGGGACGCCGUUUUCCUUAGCAGUCUCCUGGCUCAACUCAUGACGUUUGAUGAGAGGAUCAGGUCCGGGUUUACCUACGAUGGUGGUGAUUCUGAGGACGGAUGGGAAGGCCUGACAUCAGAGGUGCUCAGUAAGCAUUUCAGGGCCUGGUUGGAGGCCGAAAAGAAGUUCGCUAUAGAACGGUACAAGGGAAUCAUGUCAACACAGGAUGCGAGGAAUAUCGACUACGAUUUCGCCGGCCCCGGAAAGACCAAGCCGACUUUUGCGGCCGUCCGAGUUACCGACUUGCUUCGAUCGGUUACGACACAGUACGAGAGAGUCAGGCGGUUCUCGCAUAAGCUGCGAUUCCUAAUCGACAUCCAGCUAACCAUCUUGGAUGAGUACCACGAUUACCUCAGGGGCACGCUUGAGGCAUAUCUGAGCAUCACCUCAACGGUUGGCAGAGCCUUCGGUGUGACAAAAGAGCAAUUGGCAGCUUUGGAGGGAACAGGGGCCCUCGAGACCCUCUGCAAGGUUUACGGCAGCGCCGACCACGUAGUCAAUACACUAAGAGACUGGAGCAACGAAGAGUUCUUUGUUACGUUAUGGGAACAGCUCCAGGCGAGAGCCAAAGCCAGCGACGACCAGAGCAACCUUGCCGGUGGCAUGACUUACAACCAGGUUAGGGACCGGACCUCGGCAGCCGUCGGCACCGAGGAGGACGGCGGCGUCCUUUUCGACGAGACCAUUGCUGCUUACAGGCAGAGGAGGAAGCGGGCCGAGGAAUUCCUGUCAGAAGCACUCAUCGAGUCGCAUCGGAAAGUGUUCAAGGCAUACCUUCACCGCCCGCAGUGGAGCACUAUUGCAGAAGAUUCUUCCGCGACAGCGGAUCUACCUGUCACUGCUGAAUUGGACGAGCCUUUGAGGAUUCUCAAACGGGAUCUGGACUUUCUUUCCCGUGCCCUCGGAACCGCCGUGUUCCGCCGAGUCUGGCGGGUGGCAUUGGACAAGCUCAACAAUACGCUGUGGGGUGACGUUUUGAUGAGCCACAAAUUCACCGCGUCCGGGGCGGCACAGUUCAUGCGCGACGUCCACGCCAUCUCGGCCCUCGUCGAGCGCUAUAUACCAGAAGGGUCUAGCUCGCUGAGCGGCCUCAACGACGCCCUCCGGCUGCUCAACCUUCCUGUGCAAGGGCAGGAGAAUGCGAUGCUGCUCAAGGAUGCCACUGACAGAGUAUUCACCGACAAUACCGAGGCGAAGAAGGUCUUGGAUGAACUCGAAAUCGACUCGCUGACUCCCGCAAACGCCAGGCAAAUACUACAGCGCAGGGUAGAGAACGCCGAAUGA